AUGGGGCAAAGACUGCUGUUUUUUACAACUUCCACGCAUCUUUAUUAUGCAAAACUGGCUUCCAAGAAAGGAUCGUCCCCUGUAGAAGAAAAGGCACUUCUAGGUAGACCUUCCAAUAAUUUGAAAAUCGGGAUCCUUGGAGUACCUAAUAUCGGGAAAUCGACGUUCUUCAAUGCUUUAACAAACAGUGCUGUACCUGCCGAGAAUUUCCCAUUCUGCACUAUCGACCCAUCAGAAGCUCGUGUAGUGGUACCAGAUAAACGAUUUGCAUGGCUUGUGAGCCAUUUCAAACCACAAAAAGAAACACCGGCUUAUUUAACUGUCAUUGACAUUGCGGGUCUUGUCCGAGGCGCUGCUCAAGGUGAAGGGCUCGGGAAUGCAUUCUUGAAUCAUGUUCGGUCUGUUGAUGCGUUGUUUCAUCUCUGCCGAGGUUUCGAAGACCCUGGAGUGACUCAUGUUGAUGGAUCCGUCGAUCCUGUUCGAGAUUUGGAAACUAUUCACGAUGAAUUAUUGUUGAAGGAUAUCGAUUGGUUAGAAAAGGUCCUUCAAGAAUAUAGGCCAGCCGCGACACGUUUAGGACCAUCUGGAACUGCGGGAUCUGUAGUCGAAAGAAAGAAACGAGAUGACUUCUUUGUGAUUGAAAAGUUGCUGGAUUGGGUGGCUAACCAGGGUAAGGACAUCCGAACAGGAGAUUGGACAAACAAGGAGAUUGAGGUCAUCAAUCAACUGUAUCUCCUGACAGCCAAACCAAUGAUCUAUCUCGUCAAUAUCAGCGAACAUGACUACCUUAACCUACAUAAGGGAUCGCAUCAAUCGAUCCAAAGAGUCCGAGAGUGGGUUGAUCAGCAUCAUCCUGGUGAUCUGGUAAUCCCGUUCUCUGGAUCGUUCGAAAACCAAUUAUCUUUGUUCAACGAUUCACCCCAAGACAAACAGACAGUCCUGGACGACGCCUCUGCCCAAGCCGGCGCUACUAUUGUCUCAGCUCUUCCAGAGAUCAUCGUCCGAGGCAGAGAAGCUUUGAACCUACAACAGUUCUUCACUGCCGGAUCAGAUGAAGUUCGAGCUUGGACCAUCAGAAAAAAUACUUUGGCUCCGCAGGCCGCUGGCGUCAUCCAUAGUGAUUUCGAACGUGGGUUCAUCAUGGCCGAGGUUAUGAAAAUGGAGGAUUUGGAAGAACUAGGUUCUGAGGCUGCAGUUAGAGGGGCCGGCAAAUAUUAUUCCAAGGGCAAAGACUAUGUUAUUGAGGAUGGCGAUGUAAUUUACUUCAAAUUUAAUGUCACUAGUAAGAAGAAAUGA